AUGUAUUCCCCAAACCUAUUGUCGCUCGCUUUAAUAUUCUUAGGUGUAGCUGAUGCUACUUCUAUAUCAACAUCUGAAAUCGUCAGUGUACCUAAUGGUGAUGGUAACUAUUGCGAUUAUGCAAACACUUUUGGAUUAAAUCCAACAGGAUACGAUUGUUACGGCGUUGAUGUUCCUUAUGAUAUUUACUCCACUGACGAGUUGGAUUUGCAAGAUUCCCUUUCAACGAGGGAAGACUUUGCUGGUGAAGUUGAAGAAAGUACUCUCGAUACCAGGACAUUGAAAUACUACCCAAAGAUGGAUUUCAAGGUUAAAAAAGUUCAAAGGGUUGAUGACAAACAUUUCAAGAUUACUUAUUACUGUAAGACUCAUUAUGAUCCUAUUUCAUUUUUGUCAUACGUCAAAAAAUCCUUGAUUCAAUGUACUUGUUUGUGCUUAGGCUCAAAAUAUAUGACAUCAGUCAAGAUUCAUGGUGACAAGGCACCAUACAACUACAAUAACCCAUUUGACCACGAAGCUUCUGUUAUUGUUUUACCAAGCUACCACGACGGCUACUACUGUUUACCAGAUGAUUUUGCAAUUGAGUAUGAUAUUCAAGACAAGAAUUGCGGAUGGGUUGAUAUCUUUGAGAAGAAGUUCAAAUUUGUUUGCAAGAAGAUUCACUUUAUUAAAUCUCUUAAAUCAAAGAGAACAUUGAAAAUAUUAUCAGCAUUCUUCACAAAAUUCUCAGCCCUUAAAGAUAAUAAAUACAGAACUACUGACUUAACUUUGCCUAAUUAUUGUUGGAAAGCACCUAGCUGUGAUGCAUACAAACCAGCUACAGUAGUAGAGCCAACUACUGUGGUAGAACCAACUACAGUAGUGCCUGUUGUAGAGCCAACUACAGUAGAACCUGUUGUAGAGCCAACUACAGUAGAACCUGUUGUAGAGCCAACUGAACAACCUGCUGAAGAACCUGCUGAAGAACCUGCUGAAGAGCCUGCUGAAGAACCUGCUGAAGAGCCUGCCGAAGAACCUGCUGAAGAGCCUGCUGAAGAACCUGCUGAAGAAGAACCAACUGAAGAAGAACCAACUGAAGAAGAACCAACUGAAGAAGAGCCAACUGAAGAAGAACCUGAAGAAGAGCCAACUGAAGAAGAGCCAACUGAAGAAGAGCCAACUGGAGAAGAUGACAUUAUUACCGAGGAAACUCUGGUACCUACUACAGCUGAAGUAUAUGAACCUUCAUUCACUACUAUUACAAUUACUGAUUGCUCUUCUGAAUCCGAUGGUUUAACUACAUACUACGAAUGUUAUACUGAGAUUGAAGAAGAAGUACAGCCAGUUAAACCAGCUAAAACAAUCAUCACUGUUAUUGAAAGUGCUCCAUGUACCAUUGUCGAAUCCGAAGACGUGGUUACCAAGACUGUCACCGAGGGUGGUAAAGCUCAAGAGGUCUAUGAAACAGUUACUAAAACUAUUACCUUAGAUGGUGAUACUACCGCAGCAGUUGCCCCAGCAGUUGUUGUUCCAGCAGAAGUAGACGAAGAUUACACUGUAACCGAAAUGGUUACAGUCUAUGUUACUGAAACCGCUGCUGAUGGAUCAGUAACAGUUUACCCUGUUGAGACUGCCGCUGCUGUUGCUCCAGCUGCUGUUGCUCCAGCUGAUGUUGCUCCAGCUGAUGUUGCUCCAGCUGCUGUUGCUCCAGUUGAGGUUGCUCCAGCUGAGGUUGCUCCAGCUGAUGAUGUUGCUCCAGUUGAUGUUGCUCCUGCAGAUUUCGCUCCUGCAGAUAUUGCACCUGCAAGUGUAUAUGAAGGAGCUGCUUCUAGUAACGUUAACAGUUUGAAAGCAUACAUUACUUGUGCUUUUGGAUUGGUUUUCUUAGCCUUCAUUUAA